AUGAGGCGGCUCUACGGACCGCUACCCAGGUGUCGAGCCUAUUUACUGACACAAUUUCGAACGGGGCACUGUUGGUCGUCCACAUAUGCCAAGGUGUUCCGCUUCCGCGAUGACGAUCUGUGUGUUUGCGGCGAGCGAGAGAGCGUCACUCGCGUUUUGUUGGACUGUUCGGAUCUGAGGGAUUUGCGACGGGAGCUUCGAGUGAAGGCAGGCGAUGCGUUCAGUAGCGUGUCGGCCUUGCUAGGAGGUUCUGAAGAAGGAAGAAAGGGUAAGCCUGAUAACGCCUCGCGUGUCAAGAUGAUGGACGCCGUCUUGGACCUCGUGGAGGCAUCCCAACUGUUUCGAAGUCGCGCGCCAUAA